AUUUUCACGCUGCGGAGUUGAAGCUCUCCUCGGCUCGACCCUCAGAGUGGAGGAAGCCAACAUCUUUUCGCGAAUCAUAGGCAUACUUUGGCUGUUCAAGAGCAUACAACCUCACAUGUGACAUCAGCUUCCUUUACAAGCUAAAAAGUCUGCGGCCACUGAUCCGACGUGAAUCAACAUCUGCGCCUCCUGCAUCGGGGCUAUGGACCCUGGAACCAGCGAGGGUCACUGCAAAUAUACACAAUCGACAGUCCGCGACGCAGGUCCAGGAACGCUAGCACUUGCUCAACAUCCCACUUAUCAAGAAGCGCUAGACAGCGACGCGGACGCACACGACGGACUGCUGCCUUUCACUGCUGAUAGCGGAGUCAAUCAUCCGGGAAUCAGUCCCACCGGCACCCAGGGCGCCGGCCACCGCUGGUCCAGCGCGUCGCUGACCCUUGACGAGAGUGGGGCACCGGACAGCCGUUCGGCUGGCUCAUUCGCUUCUUGGGUCCGACCAUCUCUAGGCGGCAUAGGCAGCAGUGGAGGAGGCCCGGCGUCAGGGCACGGCAUCUGUCCGGGGACUGGGAGCAACCUCCCACACGCGUACGGCGCAGCAGUAGGCAUCGCCUCUCCCUCUCGACGGGGCUCAACCGGCUCCUACGCUACACACACCGGCAGUGUGGCAAGCGGCCGUAGUGUUGGUGGCAGCAGCCUGAACGGCAUGUUGCCAGCGGCGGUGUCCGAGGAGGGACCCUACCCGCCCGAACAGCAGCAUCAGUAUCAACCAGAAGAUAACUACGGCGGUGGGCGCGGCUCAGGCGCAGGCCCCAGCCGCCUGAACCAGGUCGCCAUGGCCAAUGGCGGCAAGCACCAGCAGCAGCAACAGCAAAGGCGAUACUAUGACGCGGAUGGCGAGCAGCUGUACGAAGACGGCGAGGCCGGGCGGUAUCAGUACGGGCAGUGCGGGGAUGACCCGGCGGGCCACGCCGAGGCGGCGGCGGCAGCUGCCGGCUACGGCGCCGCAGUCGGUGCCAUGGACGACGGCGGCGGCUAUGACAGCCGUGGCGAAGCUUCCUACGACGGGGGCGACGGGGGCGGUGACGCUGCUGCCAGCACCGCGGCCGGCUGGCCGUCGGAUCCUGAGGGCAUGCUGUCUCUGCUGCAGCAGCAGCGGGGUCAGUAUCGGUCGUGGGUGGCGCAAUGCGCGGCGACAGCCCUUGCUGCGCUAGACCCUGACUACGACCCGUCAGGCCCGGUGGCAGCGCCUGUGACGACACCAGGGCAUGAGGGCGCAGGGCCCGAGGGCGGCGCACAGGUGCCGGGCGACGUGCCCGGCAUGGUGGUGGCCAUGGACGUGGCGGGCCAGGCGCGGCACUACCUGCUCAUGCUCAAGGCUGCUGCUGAGUCGGCGCGCGAGGCCGGCCGCGUGCUGUCCGCUUUUGAGGCGCUGUCGCUGCCGCCGCCGGGGGCAUCUGAGGGCGGUGCCGACCACGACCCGGCCGCGGUGGCGUCCGGCGAGGCGGCCGAGGCGGAGUACGUGAGCGCGGCAUACGCCGUCACCACCGCCAUCUCCAACGCGGCGGCGCAGGUGGAGGCUCUGCGAGAGCACUGUGGCUCUGCUGAGGUCUUGCUGCGGCAGCUGGGCACCAGCGGUGGGAGCAGCGACGCCGUGGACGCUGGCGCUGACGCCUCCUCAACGGCUUUGGGGGCCGCCGCGCUGGAGGGCCCUCUGAGCCGGCGGCUGGCGGGCGUGGGGUCGGCACUGGCAGGCCGGCUGCGGCGCGAGGCGGCGGAGCUGCUCACGGCACUGCGCUGGCCGCCGCCGCUGGCCGAGGCGGAGGCGGGCGUGGAGGCUGGAGCGGGACCAGGCCCAGAGUUUACGAAGGCGGCGGGAGCACCAGCAGGAGAUGGCGACGGCGCUUUCGCGGGCUUUGAGGCGCACCCGGUGCUGGCGCGGCGCCUGGUGGGCGUUCUGACUGCGCUCACGCACUUCCAGAUGGCGGUGGAGCAGCGGCCCGCCUUCCUGAGGCUGCUGGCGGGGCCGCAGCGGCGCGGCCGCGGCUCUGCGGGCUCUGGGUACGAGGACGAUGAAGGCGAGCAGGAGGGCCCGGAGGGCGGCGAGGGCGAGGAGGAGGCGGAGCCCGCCAAGCCGCUGCUGUGGGCGGCCCAGGUUCUAGCCGAGCCGGUGUCGCGCCGGCUGCGCUCCCACUUCCACCCCGGCGCGGCCUCCGGCACCGGCCGGCUGGACCGGCCCGCCUGGCUGUUCGCCACCGCGCUGUCCUGGCUGCGGCGGCACGGCCACUGCCUGGCGGCGUUGGACGACAUGCUAGCCUGCCUGCAGCUCAAGCCACACUACAACAUGCCCGCCGAGUUUACACGGGCGGUGCAGGAGGAGCUGCUGGCGCUGCUGCGAGACGUGCGGCUGCCGGCCCUGCUGGCGGCCAGCGCGGAGGCGGAGCGCCAGGCGGCGGAGGCGGCGGAGGAGGAGGCGGCGGCCGGCGGCGGCGCGGAGGCUGCCGCCGCGACUGCCGCUGCUGAGGCCGCGGCCGCCUCGGCGGGGCUGUGGACUGGCCUCAUGGACGCGGCUGCCGCCUGGGACGUCGCACUGCUGCCGCUGUUGGGAGCAGGAGGGCCGGCAGCAGAGGCGGCGGCAGCGCGGGCGGGCGCGCUUCUAGAGGGCUACGCGCGCGCGGGCGACGGCGCACGCGGUGCCGCCCGCGCCUGUGACGCGCUGGACCCGCUGGCCGCCGGCGGCACCUCAGACAUGCACGCCCGCUUCGUCGCAGUCGCAGCCGUGGCGGCGGCGUCGCCGUCCGCAGAUGCUGCUACAGGCCCUGUAGCUGCCGCAAGCAACGGCGCCGCGAACGGUGGACAGCAGAUCUCGUUCGGCCCUGCGCUGGCGGGCUGGGCGGCGGCGGAGGGUGGCGCGGCGCUGAGGGCGGUGGAGGCAGCGGCCUACGACGACAGCUGCCUGCUAGCUCCGGCGGAGGAGGCCACUGCGCGCGCUCUGGGCCUCUUCGACGACCUUGGCGACGCCAACGGAACCUCCGCAUCCGCCAGCGCCGUCGCCAUAGCCGUGGCCGGUGGCGCGGCCGCGCCGCCCGGCCCCUGGCAGCGCGACACAUGGCCUCCAGUGCUGGCGGCUGAGGCGGCGGCCGUGCUGGACGGGCUGGUGGCGCGCUCGCGCUGGCUGGCGGCGGCGCCGGCGGCACAGGCGGCAUGGCUGGAGGCGGCAGCGGGCCCCGUGUUGGGGCUGUUGAAGCGGCGGCUGGGGCGGCUGGUGGAGGUGGCGGUGGCGGGCGGCGAUGCGCUGGGCGAGGCCGGACUGCCCAAGGUGUGCGCCGCGCUGUGCGCCGCCCGCCACCUGGACGACCACCUGCACAGCCUGCUGCUCACUGACCUGGCGCCCCUUGUGGCGGCCCUGGCGCGGCUGAACGCCGUGUCAGACGCAGGAGCAGGGGACACCGGUGCAGGCGGCAGCAGCGUUCCCGGCUCACCAGCGUCACGUGGCACUGGCUCGGUGGCUGCAGCAGCUGCAGGCAAGCUGGGGGGCGGCGGCUUCUGGGGCGGGCUGAUGGCCGCCACAGGCGGCGGCGGCGCGUCACCGGCACGGCGCGCGCUCCAAGACGGCGUGACGGCGCUAGCCGGCGGCGCGGGCCUCGGCGGCACGAGCCUGGCGUCGGCGGCGCGAGGUGGGACCGGCGGCGGCGCAAGUGGGCCGCUGCCGCCGGUGCUCGGGGAGUACGUGGCGGCGUUUGGGCGGUUGCACCGGGACGGCUGCCUCAAAUUGGCCCGGGAGGUGGCGCUGGGUUUUGGCAGGCACUCGGUGGCGUACCGGCACGCCAUCGAGGCCAACCCGCAGUUCCCCUUCAUGCCGGAUGAGGACCUGGACGAGGCUUUGAGCGGCGGCCGCCUGGGGGAGGCGGGCGAGGGUGGGCUGCGAGGCGGUGUGCGGCCGGCGGCCAGCAUCACGCCCUCCUUCGCGCCGGCGCUGCUGUUCCUGCAGGCUACGCUGCAUCGGCUGUCGCGCACCUGCGACAAGGUCACGUUUGCAGACGUGUGGCGCGGUGCGGCGCUGUCCAUCAACCGCUUCGUGUUCAACUUCAUCGCUACGGAGAGCCGCUUCACGCGCGCGGGCGCCCGGCAGUUCGCUGCGGACGUGUCCGGGCUGGCGCAGCUGUUUGCGCCCUACACACGCAGGGGCGGAGCUGGAGCCGGAGCGGGCGCUGGCGGGGCUGCGGCGGGCGGACAGCACUUCCGCGAGCUGCAGGCGGCGGCGCGGCUGCUGUGUCUGGGCGACGAGGAGGCGGCGGACGUGAUGCGGCGGGCCAGCGCGGCAGCGGUGGCGGCGCGGGCAGCGGCCAUCACCACCACGCCCUCCAAGUCCUCACAGCCACGGCCCUCGCCUGCCAAACCGCAUGCUCGCGGCGACCCGGUGCGAGCCGGCAUGAGCUCGGACCCGGUGCUGUCGGCCGCGGGCAUGACGGUACUGUCGCCGCUGCAAAUCAUGAACGUCAUCGAGCACAGGAUCUGAGGGCGCAGAGCCGACGCUGGGAGCUUGGGCCGGUCCGCGUCGAGCAAUGGACGAGUGCAUCAUGGGCACUGGGGCGGGGGGCGGUGUAUUAGGGUUUACUAUGGUGUUACUAUGGUGUGCCUCUACCAAGGGAGGUUGAAGCCCGGAAGGGAUGCACACGCGGUAAUACGCAGAUAGGACGAGGCGCGCCAGCUUGGUAGGGCAGUGUUUGGGCUGGUGCUGACCGUGUCAACGUUUGGGGAAUGGAAGUCCACAUAUGUUCGGCAUGUUGAUCAUGCGGAGCCGGACAGACGCGGGCGUGGAAGCUACAGUGGAUUAUGCUACAGUAUUGUGCGUCAAAGCAAUAGCCAGGCGACAAAGUGCAGAGGAAGCAGGCAUGAGACGGGCGGUAUGAGGAAGGCGCAGGAGUUCAAUAUGCGCACAUGCUAGCAGCGCAACCGACACGUGCGAUGCACAGCCAGGGACGGAUAAUGAAGGCUUUCGGUCAGGGGUCGUAUCUUGUUUUUGGGGAAAUGUCUAGCUCCAGACAAAAACGGCCCGGUGGCCGCCGUCUUUUGUCUGGGCACAUGGCGGUUUGGGGGCUUCUCUAUAGGAAUUGGGACAAAACCCGCCCCAAACCCGGGCCAACAAAGUCUCGCCCCAGACAUUAGCACCCGGGAGGAAUGUCUAGGAAACGGCCAAAAUGGCCAAUUAAUGUCUGGAGACAUUAAGAUAGGAGCCCUGUAGUUUCGGUUGCACUCGAUGAUGCUGGCAGUUAAUAGGCCAGUGCCGGGUAGUGGAGCAAUGACUAAGCACAUCUUUGGUCACGCUUUGUACCUUUGAGCACUCAGCCAGCACGUCCUAUCGUAUCAUUUGACGUCGAGGCAUUGAGACACGGUGCGGGUGCGGGCUUGCGCCUUGCAGACAAUGCGGGAAGAUGGGCGCGCAUUGGAACCGACACACUCGCGGCACACAUAGCGGCACGCAUAGCGGUUCAGAGAAUGAAAGGCAGCACAGGACGCCCCAAGCCCCCGGGCUGUUUGCCAUUGACAUACUUUGCCUCAUAUACCGUAGGCAUAAGUAUAAUAUCAGGGCUCCGUCGCUUUGCUCGCGACCGUGCGACAGUCAGACCCAUGGACUUGUAUUACGGUACUUCUUGCAAACCCGGCCAAUCCCGGCGGCCAGGCACGGACAGGGGCGAUUAUAGGGGCUGCGCCCCCAUGGAUUCGUGAUAAGCGUGGAGGGCUAAGCGCUUCAGACCGUGGCUCAGCCCAAAGAGUGCACGGGGCCUGGGACUUGGGGGCGGUUGCCGACCGCUGCCGAAGGUUGGUGGGAGUUGCCCCCGUACCCCUGAAGGCAAAAGUGCGGGAGCACUACCCUACGUCACG